GAAAUGUCACCAUCUUCUCCAUUUAUGGGGCAAAAGAAUUUCACAAACAAGCACGUUAAGAACUAUAUAAAUAAGGGAGCCUCUAGCACCUUUCUGUGUGCACAAAAGAUUAUCAGAAUCAUGAACUCUCCAAGUUCUUUGAUGAUCCCUUUCCUACUUAUCUUUCUGUUUUCAUUCUCAAGGGUAGCUUCUGCUGACCGUCAUGAGGAUUUUCUUCAAUGCCUUGAGUCUCAAAACUUUAACUCCAUUUCUAAGGUCAUUUACACCCCAAUCAACUCUUCAUAUUCUUCAGUCUUGCAGUUUUCUAUACGAAACAGCAGGUUCAACACAAGUGCAACCCCGAAACCACUUGUUAUUGUUACAGCUUUGAAUGUAGCUCACAUACAAGCUACCAUUAGGUGUUCCCAAAAACAUGGCCUGGAAAUUAGGGUUCGAAGUGGUGGCCAUGACUAUGAGGGUCUCUCCUAUGUUGCGGUUAUAGUACCCUUUGUGGUCAUUGAUCUAAUCAAUAUGCGAACAGUUACUGUUGAUGUUGCAAAUAAAACUGCAUGGAUUCAAACUGGGGCCACUCUAGGCGAAGUUUACUACGGAAUCGCGGAGAAAAGUAGAACUCUUGCCUUCCCAGCAGGUGUUUGCCCUACAGUGGGGGCUGGUGGGCACCUUAGCGGAGGAGGAACUAGCAUGAUCAUGCGUAAAUAUGGCAUCGCUGUAGAUCAUAUAAUCGAUGCACAAUUAAUCGAUGUUAAAGGGAGAAUCCUUGAUAGAGCAUCAAUGGGAGAAGAUCUAUUUUGGGCUAUUCGAGGUGGUGGAGGUAAUACCUUUGGAGUAGUUGUUGCAUGGAAACUAGAAUUGGUUCCAGUUCCAGCUAUUGUGACAGUAUUCAAUGUCACAAGAAUACUAACAGAACAAGAUGCAACAAAACUCGUUCAUCGAUGGCAAUAUGCGAUCCCAAAGUUCGACGAUGAUUUGUUCUCAAGAAUUUUCAUAUAUAGAGCGAACUCUAAUCAAGAAGGAAAGAUAAUGAUACAAGCCGCAUUCACUUCCUUGUUUCUUGGUGGAGUCGAUAGGCUUCUUUCGUUGAUGCAAGAGAGCUUUCCCGAGCUUGGUUUGGUGAAAGAAGAUUGCAUUGAAAUGAGUUGGAUCGAGUCUACGGUUUUCGCUGCUCAAUUUCCACGAAAUUCAUCCUUGGAUGUGUUGCUUAGUAGGAGAUAUUCCUCGAGCUUUUUCAUAGGAAAAAGUGACUUUGUUAGGGAACCUAUACCUGAAAUUGCAUUUGAAGGAAUAUGGGAAAGGCUCAGCCAAGUCGGUGUCCACUUGGCUGAAUUGCAAUUCACUGCCUACGGAGGAAAAAUGGAUGAAAUUGCAGAGUCCAGCACUCCCUUUCCGCAUAGAGCCGGAACUCUAUUCCAAAUUCAGUAUGCAAUCAUUUGGUUUGAAGAAAGCAUUGAGGCAUAUGCUAAAAAUUCAAGUUGGAUCAGAAAGCUUUACAGCUACAUGACUCCUUAUGUUUCGAAAAAUCCCCGACAAGCAUAUGUCAACUAUAGAGAUCUUGACCUAGGAGUGAACAACCUAGAAUACACGAGUUAUAAACAAGCAAGCGUUUGGGGUACCAAGUAUUUCAAGAACAACUUCGACCGGUUGGUGCAUGUGAAGACUGCAGUUGAUCCUGCUAAUUUCUUCAGAAAUGAACAAAGCAUUCCUCCUCUUUCAUCUUGGUAA